AUGGAUCAUUCUCAAAGCCCUCCGGUCGCAGAGACGUGGCCAAACGCCCAGGUUGAGGACCCCCGUCCUCGGAAACGCCGGCGGAAAUACAUCACCAAAGCAUGCAAUGAAUGCAAACGACGCAAGAUCAAAUGCAACGGCCAGUCACCCUGUCAGCGAUGCGGCCGGCAACAGAUCGAAUGCGUCUACGCGGAGAGUACGCGACACGACGCCUCGGGUGAACAGCACAAUAUCACUCGUCUCAUCGAUCAAAUGUCCGCCAUGCAGGAGCAGAUAUCCGCGCUCUCAGCAGCCGUCUACGCACUCACACGACCUGGCGCCUCGCCGCAGGAUCAGGGGACCAAUUCCGGGCGGGCGUUCCGUCGGCCUUCGUCAGCAAGGGAGCUGACCUUCCAGGGUCCCACGACCUCGGCGUUUAGUUUCGAUCUCGCCAAGAGCAGUCUCCAGCGCCGGGGGAUCGUCGAGCGCAAUGAGCCGGGCGCCGACGUCGACGAAGCCGGCGACGUCACGCGGGAGCCCUCGCCGCUGCUGCCGUCGCCGUCCCCCCGGGAUGCUGGCCGUCCAGGGGACCCGCUCUGGACGAUCAGCAAGGCCGAGGCGAUCCGGCUGUGUCGGGUUUACGAGGAGGAGAUGGGGAUCAUGUACCCCGUGCUGGAGCUGGAUGAGCUACUGCGGCAGGUGGAGGGUCUCUAUGGGCCUUUGGACCGGUGCGCGUGGCCACGGCGGACCGGACAGGCCGACGGGCUGGGAGAUUACGACGUGCAUAUCCUGCGGUUGGUGUUUGCGUGUGCGCUGACGGCGGAGGCGAGCGGGCGCAGUGAGCUGGCCAUGCGGCUGUUUGAGAGUGUGCGUGAUGUGGCGGACGAUUGUGUCUGGGGCGCGCCGGACAUCGACUGUAUUGUCCUGUUGACUCUGGUGGCGAUUUUCUACUUUCAAAUGGACGAAGAGGCGCUGGCAUGGCGCACGAUCGGGAUCGUCGAGCGCAUGUGCCUGGAAAAGGGCCUGCACCGGCGCGAGACGCUCAGUCAUCCGACGGUGGUGGCCGCCGGCCGCGAUCGAGUGCUGCGGCUGUUCUGGUCCAUCUACACGCUGGACAUGCGCUGGAGCUUUGGCACGGGGAUGCCAUUUGCUCUCGAGGACAGCGACAUCGACCCCUGGCUGCCCGAGCCCGAGGAAAAGACGCCGUACCUGCGCGUGAUGAUCCGGUAUAGUCGCAUCGCGGCCAAGGUGUGGAAGUUCAUCUCCGCCUUCAACAACACCGGCGAGAUCAAAAAGGACGAGAUGAACUACCUGGACUGGCAGGUCUUGCAAUGGGCUGCCGCCAUCCCGGAGUCGUUGCGCCUGGUGGAGGUCGACCGCCCAGCCACGGAACCGCGCAGCAUCCGCCGGCUGCGCUCGCUGCUGUACCUGCGCGCCAACCAGCUGCGCAUGCUCAUCCACCGGCCCGUCCUGCACUCGGCGGCACACAUCGUGCGCUACCCGGCCGAGUGCCAGACGGUCGUUGACCUGGCCAAGGACACCAUCCGCUUCAUCACGCGGCUGCACGAGACGUCGGACAUCUACCAGCUGCAGCAGGUCGCCUUCAACUGGUUCUUAGUAUCGGCGCUGGCCGUCUUGUUUCUGGCCGUGGCGCAAACCCCCAGCCAGUUCAGCAGCCGGUGCAAGGAGGAGUUCUACAUGGCCCUGGAGCUGGUCAAGGGGUUCUCAACGCAGUCGUACAUCUCCCGCCGGCUGUGGAAAUCGAUCAAGAGCCUGCGCAAGCUCGGACCGCAGGUUGGUCUGCAGCGCCACCGGCAUCCGAUGGAGUUGGAGUCGGCCGAGCGUGUCUUGACGGCCAUAAACCAGACGGUGGAUAUGGCCGCAUCGACCAGCACCCAGAGCCAGACGCCGCAGGACGGGGCGCAGAUGACGCAGGAGCUGAUGGAGUGGUUCGAGGCCGUGGGGACGCUGGAGAAUCAGAUUAUGGGGGUGGGGACGCAGGUCUUUGAGGAUGGCAAUGGCAGGAUGGCCAAUGGGGGGUAUAUGUAUGAUUACGGGGGGGAUCUCUCGAGUGUCAUGCGAGAUUUAUUCUGA